AUGCAAACUCCCAUUGGUGAGGCUGACAAGGCUACAAAUAGCAAGGAGACCACGUUCAAAGUUAAAACCAGAGGUUCACCCAAGUGUUCAUUCAGAAGAGUGAGCAUUCCAGUACUCUGUGUCGGAUGUUUCAAAAUCAAGUAUACGCUUAGCGACAAUAAGAAGAGUCAACACGGAAUCCAAGCCGUAUGCUUGCGACAAAUGCCCAAUAACCUUCAUUCGGUCGAGGUACCUUAAGAAGCAUCAAGCCUCGCACCUGACCAGCAAGCCGUUAGCGUGCAGCUACUGUGGAAAGGCUUCAAAGGUCAACGUAAGCGCAAGAGACACGAACGCACCCACACAGAAGAACCGCCUAAUAACUGACGAAUGUGGCAAGGGUUUCUAUGAACACAAAUCCUAAAGUCCUUGCACACAGGAGAGAAGCCGUUCGUCUGCAAUCACAGCGGUAAAACCUUUGCUCUGGCGUCCCACCUCAAAACCCACGUCUGUGGGAAAUGUAGCAAAAAAAUAAGGAUAUCAUACAUUUCAGAAGCCAUAUGGUUCAGGGUUGUUGAGAGGAGGCUGCGGCAU